AUGACGUACUAUACCCCUCCCAAUGUUUUCAGGCAACCGGCCAUCACCAAGCGGAAGCACAAUGAAAAUCCGGCAUUGAGACUAGGAACACACCGCAAAUCCUGGCAAACAGACACCACUCGGUUGGAGUCUCCGCUCCUCAGAAAAGUUUCUGGAGACAUGAAUGACUAUUACACAACGCAACAGCUCCACAGCGAAUUCUGGACUUUACCACAAAAUAACGAGGGAUUCAACUAUUUUUCGUCUCUCUCGAGCACCGAUGGUGUAAUAUUAACCUCCAACAUGAGAUCCAAAGAUAAUCUACAGAUGCUCACACUCAAAGCUGAUCAAGAAAAUGUCCAUUUAGCAGAACUACAAACCAUUUCUGUGCCAGGUGCGCCGAUCACCACAGCAAGUCUAUUUCCUAGCCAUUACGCUGCUGCCAAACAGCCUCUCGAACAUGAUCGCAUGUUAUGCUCCGGUCAUCAGGAUGGGGUUGUAAACUUGAUUUCAACUUCAGAAGCUGAUGGAAAUGCGAAAGUCAUAAAAAGGUUCAAUCAAACGAAGUACCUCAAAGCGACGCAACCAGAGUCUAUCGAUUCUUGGCUCCAGAGUAAAAGAUCGUCGCCCAUCCGUCAAAUUGAUGGCUGGAAUGAUAAAGGUUUUAUUUCUAUCAUCAAUGAGUCACUGUUCAUUUACGACUUCAAUCAACACAAGCUGCCUUUGUACCUCCAAAGUUUCACCGGGUUGGAGGCAUUGCAGGUCAAUACCAAGAAUCCACAUCUUCUGUCUCUUGUUGGCUCAAAGUUCGGCAGCAGCGGACUUUCUUUACUCGAUCUACGGUGCGGUAGCAGAUCUGGCGUCCUUUAUAGCCCCGACACCAACAGGAAUAGCAUGAAUAGCGUGUCGACUGCUUGCAGCUGGCUUGAUGAGUAUACAGUUGCCAACGCCAUAGGGGACUCUGUCAAGGUCUGGGACAUCAGAUCAAGUGGUUCCAAAUGUACAGUGAGGGGUCAUAAGGGAUCGAUAAAAUCUUUAAAGUUUCAUCAAGAAUCUCAAAGGCUUUAUACCUCUGAUGAUCAAAACUGUACUAUUGCAUGGGACUUGCGGGAUAUUUCGAACGUCUCAGAAUGUCGUUUAGCGACUGGCUUCCAAAGUAUAUGCGAAAACGAGAUUUCUCAGGUUAAACAAUGUGGUAAUGUCGUUCUUUCCCCAGACACUUCAGCAAAUUUUCGACCUUCGGACAGCGCCGAAUCUCGCGUUUCUGGAUUCACUCUCUUAGACCUUCACUACGAGGGUUCCCUAUUGACCUUGGACUCAAGGGAACUUGGGCUACACACAAUUAAAAACGUUGAAAAGCCAUUUGUACCACCAAGAAAUCCACGCAGAUUGCAACCCUCUCUUGAAACUAAUAUGUUGGAAUCUGAUAGUACCAUGAAUCAAGAGUCGAUUAUUUCCCAAUCUGAUAACAUCUCCGAAACUACAGUUGAUGUAGAAGAGUUCAGUACACCAGCAAAAAACGAAGUAGCUAGUCCCAUUCUGAUUCAGGACCAUAAUCACAAAGCACAGAGCACAAGUAUCUAUUCGCUGAAAGAUUUCGAUUUGAGUGGGUCGACUAUAUAUAAUGAUCAUAUAAUACACGAGGACAUCCUCUUGUAA